UAUUAUGCUGUCAGACCUCGGUGUAAGAUGUAAGAAAAUCUCCGCUCCUAUUGUAAGGAUGCGUGUAAGCGAAAAAGUCGUCACCGCUCCGGACUCCUUUAGGAAAUUCAUCAAGGAGUUAUUAUGAUUGGCUGUAUGGGAUAUUCCCAACAUCGAGUGGGCCAAUUAGAGUUGAGUAUUCGAUGCUUGAUGGUAGGAUUUACUGAUUUGGUUGAUCUCCUUCCCACAAUGUUUCUGACCUUUUAGCCAUAAUGAGCAAUUUGGUUUUGCCUACAUCAAAGUGAGCCGAACAUGCUCUCUACCCAUGGAACCUGCAGGUGGCAAAUCCAUACUUAAACAUGAUCCCAUCUGCCCGAGUUAUCUUCAACUGCCCACCUUCCUCAUUCAAUCAUCAAACAGCAUCCUGCAGGUUUAUGGCAUCUUGCAGUACAUAAUUCAACCCAUAAUCCCCGCACUUCAAGCAGUCCCCAGGUUACUCGACAAUUCCAUAUAGCUGGUCCAUUGCCACUUUAACCCUUACAUCUUGACAGAUUGCUGCUAUUCAUUCGUUACAUCAUGUCUCAUAACGAUCCAAAUCGUCUUCGUACCGGGGAGUUGGAAAUUGGCUACACAGAAGCAGUCGAGCGUCAUGCCAACAGACAUGUGGUGGCACCGAAACCAGUAUCGCAACGCAAGUUAGACUUCGAAAAUGCCAGGCCAAGAUGGAUGCGAGAAAUGGCUGCGGAAGCUAUGGGUGUCUUCUUCUUCGUGUAAGUCGAGAGCGCGAAAAUAUGCAAUAAACAUGCAUCACUCACUGACAGUCAUUCUUAGAUAUCCGGGAAUUGCAUCGUGUGCAUCAUUCUUUCUGAGCCCUGGUGACCCUGGGUUUGGAUCAGUUUUCCAAAUUGGUUGGGCCUUUGCAAUCGGCAUCGCUUUUGCUAUCAUGUAGGUUGGACUCGGAUACUAUUAAAACACCAUCUGCUCAACGUCUCAGUCGCUAAUAACCAAUAGAACUUGUGGAAGCACCUCCGGAGGCCAUUUCAAUGCGGCAGUAACGAUCUCUUGUGCCGUGUGGCUGGGGGUAUGUUCCACUGUCCCCAUUUAUGUAUCGACACUAGCUAAUCCAUACCAGUUCCCUUGGAAAAAGGUUCCACAAUAUAUCUUUGCCCAGGUCUUCGGCUCCUUUAUGGCGGCUGUGCUGCUUGUCGGACAAUAUUACCCACAGCUGACAGCACUUGCUGCGGAGUACCGUGCUAAAGGCUUGAGUCUCAAUUCACCAGGCGGACCGGGAAGCAUCCUUUGCUCCUUUCCUGGAGCGGACCAGUCAUAUGGGUAUCUGUUCUUCAUAGAAUUUUUUGCUGAUGUCUUCGUCGUACGUAUCAAUGAAAAUCCUAAGUACUGCAGCUUGCUAAAUUGUUUUAGGGGAUUGUGAUUUGGGCUUGCCUCGACCCUAUGAACCCAUUUGUGUCUGCAGCUGCGGUGCCGUGGGUAAUUGGAUUAGGUUAUGGUAAGCAUUGAAGUCACACCUGUUUCUUGCUCUCUACAUCGCCAAUAAUAUCUUCAUUGUUGAAUACUUGCUAACCUCUCUCAGCAACAAUGAUCUGGGGUUUUGCGGAUGUGACGAUAGAGCUUAAUUCAUCGCGCGACUUGGGAGCUCGCAUCGUUGCAGCUAUCUUCUUCGGAGGAGAUGCUUUCUCGGUUUAUUCAGCGAUACCCGUCUUCACAAGUAUACCUGCCAUGCUUCUUGGGACGGCAUUGUAUGAGAUGAUUCAGCGCGACAGCUUUGCAGUCAUCGCUAAAGGUCAUAACGUGCACGAGAAGGGAGAAGAUGGUGUCAUUCAGCAUUUGUCCAAAAAUGGUGCUCUUGGUGGAAGUACCAGUAACUCGGGAAGGAGUAUAGACAGUGAAACAUGGGAUAGUGAGAGAAAGAAUGAUUCUGCUGUAUGAAAUAUUUUGAAGGUUAACGAAAACGAAAGGCUGGAGUCGGGUUUGGGUACCCCGGAAAGCCAAAUGAAUAAUGAAAAUAUGUAUUAUGAAAUCAAAAGAUGGUUCUGUAUCAUGAUAGUAACUUGUUCCCAAUCAAUGUCCCGCGGUACCAUUGUCUCUCAACUCUCGAGCAUGCCAUUUUGGAAAUGCUGAGCUGGAGAGGAAAUCCUGACGCUGAGAUCGGGGAACAAAUAGACGCAUGCUUAAGACUUCCAGGUUAUUACUGCUCAAUCGAAAGGGACUGGAAAUUUGAGGUUUGAUAGACAUUGAU